GGUUCAUAUUGUUUUACUAACUCAUUUAUUUGCAGGAAAUAUCCAGAAAAAAUACAGAGAAUCGAAAAAAGUUGAAGUAUCCACACACUGUUGGCAAAACAAGUUUUGCUAUAAUCCGCGAGAAAAAAAAAAGAAGGAAAAUCCUAAUGCUUUGUCAAGUAAGGAAUUCUUCGUGGCUACUAGAAAAAGGAAACCUGGCCGAGUAUACAAGGAUGCUUAUGAAGAUACGGCAAGCAAAAUAGCUGAAAUGGAGAGAAUAGAAACCCAAGAAAGUGAAGAUGACAGUCAACCAAUUGACGCACAUGCAUCAGUUAUGGGACCUGAUCAUCCAGGUCGAGUAAGAUUAUAUGGACAUAAGGUUACCAAGACUCUUUUGAAACAGAAAGCGGGAGAUUCUGGAUCCUCUUCAAAUAUUACUGAUGAAGUGCAGGCAAAAAUGGAGCAAAUGGAAGAGAGGAUGCAACAAUGUAUGCAUGAAAAAUCCAAUGCACAGAUGGAUACCAUGCUACAAGGUAUUACAAUGAGAGUCAUUGCGCAACUUCAGCGUCUAAACCCGGACUUACGACUUGAUCCUAGCAUGCUAAGAUUUAGUGUUCGUUCAUCAGGAGAAGCUUCCUCUUCACCACAAGCUGUUAUGCAACGAAUCAAUUGUCCAUCUGCUAGUAGUAACAUCAAGAUAGCUGGCAAUUUUGUAGUUCUUUUUCAUUUAUCUGAUCUGCUUCUACUAAAGAAACACAAACCUCCCACCAAAAACUAUGAAAACCAGCUCUGCAUUUCCAGUUGCCAGCAUAUGUUGUGUAUAUGUACUGUUGCUGUGACUGUUAUUGAUGUUAUUGUGUCAACCAAGUACCAUCAAGUAUAUGUCCCAAGUUUGAUCCCUUGGUGCACACUUCAGUUGCUUCUGUUCAAUAUACUUUGCAGUUUUACUGCAGUUGGUUCCCUUAGUGUUGUUGCUUGUCAGAAAAUUGGAAUUGAAACAAUUAUUAAAUAUUUGGCUUUGUCCGCAACAUAA